ACUUGCGGUUAGCGAAAACCAAAUACUUUGGCUUCGGAGCUUCUAGACAAUUGACAGUUAUAAUUAUUGGGGACUUAGAAAUUUUACACCCGUAUUUUGAAUUUCUCUAAUAGAUGAGAAAUUCAAAAUACUGGUAAAAUUGCUAAGUCCCCAAGAGGUACCGAACUAUAAGUAACAUAUCCUAUACAUAUAUAAGUACAUAUAAGAUAAUCUACCAAGCGAAUUGAGGUUUUUCAUUUACUGUCUUAAACUCAAUGAUGUAUAAGUUGUAUAUGAUGUAUAAGUAGUAUAGGUACAAUAUAUAUACUUUUCAAAUUGCCCGCCAAAUCCAGAGAACUGUCAAUUGUCUAGAAGCUCCGAAGCAAAGUAUUUGGUUUUCUCUAGACGCAAGUGUCUAAGAUGCAUCAUUUGUUUUUGUCCGUCAGUGUGUGUCAGUGAUAGUGAUGAUGUGUGAUGUCUCUCCCACAUCACUGGUUUUUGUCUUCAUAAAUUUAUUUCCCUUUUUGGGUCAUUUUGGUUUUAAAAAACGACAAAAGUAAAAUUAGGAUUAGGAAUUUGAAUACAUGAAAUCAAAAAUCAGUACAUGAUCAAAUGGAAGUAAAGGGAGAAAUUAUGGAAGAAACUAUUAAAAUAGAGUAUCAUGACUUGGAUUAUGCUCUUUUGGAUGGCUUUAAAUCUGAAAUUCAAGAGGAAUCCAAUAGAGAAAGUACUCAUGGCACAUAUGAUUCUUUAGACUUAAAGAAAUGUCCCAUAUAUACUGAAAUAGAACAAGAUGGAAAUAGAUUUGAUCCAUUUGAAGAAAACCGUGAAAAUGAAAAAGGUUAUCUCCAAAAUGAAAUCAAAAUGGAAAUUAUGGAGGAACCCAUUGAAGAUUCAUCUUACGAAGAAAAUAAUAUGAGUCGACACACUGAAGGAAAAACUUUAAAUAAAAAUAUAAAAGUUGUGACUGAAACAAAACCUUAUAAAUGUGAUAUUUGUUUUAAGCGAUUUAGUCGAUCUGAUACUUUGAAAAGACAUUUGAGAGUGCACACUGGGAUAAAACCACACAAGUGUGAAAUUUGUUUUAAGCAGUUUUCUCAGCAAAGUCAUUUGAAUACACAUCUGAAUACACAUUUGACUUUGCACACUGAAGAAAAUCCUUACAAGUGUGAAAUUUGUUUUAAACAAUGUUCUCAGAAAAGUCAUUUGAAAACACAUUUGAGGGUGCAUACUGGAGAAAAACCUCACAAGUGUGAAAUUUGUUUGAAACAAUUUAGUGAAGCAAGUACUUUAAAAAUACAUUUGAGAGUACACACAGGAGAAAAACCUUACAAGUGUGAGAUUUGUUUAAAUCGGUUUAAUAGCGCAAGUAAUUUGAAAGUACAUUUAGGGGUGCACACUGGAGAAAAACCUCACAAGUGUGAAAUUUGCUUUAAGACAUUUUUUACAACAAGUAAUUUGAAAAAACAUUUGAGAGUGCACACUGGAGAAACACCUUAUCAGUGUGACGUUUGUUUCAAUCGGUUUGCUCAAAAAUUUCAAUUAACUUCUCACAUGACAGUUCACACAGGACAAAAACCUCACGAGUGUGAAAUUUGUUUUAAACAAUUUAGUGAAGCACGUUCUUUAAACAGACAUUUAAGAGUGCAUACUGGAGAAAAACCUCACAAGUGUGAAAUUUGUUUUAAGCAAUUUAGUGAAACAAGCACUUUAAAAACACAUUUGAGACUGCACACUGGAGAAAAACCUUACAAGUGUCAGAUCUGUUUUAAGCAAUUUAGCGAUAUAAGUAAUUUGAAAACACAUUUAAGAGUGCACACUGGGGAAAAACCUCACAAGUGUGAUAUUUGUUUUAAGCAAUUUAGUGGUUCAGGUUCCUUAAAAAAACAUUUGAGAGUGCAUACUGGAGAAACGCCUUAUCAGUGUGAGAUUUGUUACAAUCAAUUUGCUCAAAAAGUUCAAUUAACUUCUCACAUGACAGUUCACACCAAAGAAAACCCUCACAAGUGUGAAAUUUGUUUAAAACAGUGUAUUACUGCAAGUGAUUUGACAAAGCAUUUGAGAAGGCACACUGGGGAAAAACCUUACAAGUGUGAGAUUUGUUUUAAGCAAUUUAGUGAAGCAGGUAAUUUGAAAACACAUUUGAGAGUGCACACUGAAGAAAAACCUUACAAGUGCGAGAUUUGUUUCAAGCAAUUUAGUACAGCAGGUAAUUUGAAAGUGCACUUGAGAAUACACACUGGAGAAACACCGUACCAGUGUGGCGUUUGUUUCAAUCGGUUUGCUCAAAAAUAUCAAUUAACUUCCCACAUGACAAUUCAUACCGAACAAAAACCUCCCCAAAUGUGAAAUUUGUUGUAAACAAUUUAGUGAUGCAGGUUCUUUAAACAGACAUUUGAGAGUGCAUAAACCUUGGUUAACCCGUGUUGAGCGGCCCCCCCCCCCCCAUUUGCAAAAAUCAAAAAACAAAUAGCCCUGAUUUAUGAGCUAUUUAUGAGCUCUCAUAUUCCGCAAACUAAAAAUUUUGAGCUCGUUCCACUGAGCAGGAAUUUAACACUCUAGUGGGGGGGCUGAGUCAGCCCACCCCCCACUACUUAAAAAUAGGAAUAUUGAAUCGGUUUUUGCGGCACAAUUACGAGCUAUUUAUGAGCUCUUGAAAUUAUAUAGUUUCGAUUUUUGAGCUCAUCCCCUUCACCCCCAAACAACCCUUUAAUUGAUU